CUGGAGUUCGAGCGUGGCGUCCUGUUGCGUGAUCUUUCGCAGCUCAGCUCAGAAGGAGCGUCUCCAUUCAGUCCUCAGCCCCAGCCGAGCGCAGCACCCUGUUCUUGCACCAACCUGGAGGGCUAAACCACCAGCAGGAAUAAAACUUUUUUCUUUUUUUUUUUUUAGUUAUUAAAUUCAAAAGCUGCUCAGUGCACCGGAGUCACCAGAAAUGAUGAAUUUUAUCCUCAUCUGCCUGCUUUGUGGAUUGUAUGGUGUUUUUGGAAAAGACAAAGAUCAAAAGGGGAAGUUCAGUGUCCCUCUCCUGGACAUAGGAAGUCGGCAGCUGGUUCUGGAGGCCAACCAGACACUGCUGCUCAACUGCAGGGGUCGCUGGGAGCUGUCAUGGGCGUUCCCGGCUGGCUUGGACAGAGAUCAGGUGGAGGUAGAGGAUUCUCGCUGUGGGAGGACCAACCAGCGUUAUUGUAGCCGUCUGCGUGUCAGCCACAGCCAGGCCCAUCACACUGGCAUGUUUCGCUGCCGGUACCGGGACAGGACCACGAAACACAAGUCCGUCUAUGUCUAUGUCACAGACAGCCAGCAGCCAUUUGUGGAACGUGAAGUUAUGAGUCCGGAUGUGUUGUACAUGAAGGUGGAGAAACCACUGGUCAUCCCCUGCAGGGUCACCAACCCCAACUUCACCACCACACUGGUCAAGUUCCCCAGCCGGAGCCUGAAACCAGACCAGAGGAACAUCAUCUGGGACAAUAAGAUCGGCUUCACCAUCAGAACUCCCACCUUCUAUUACAUCGGGCUUUUUUUCUGUCAGACCGUAAUUGAUGGGGUCAAACAUGAUUCCAGGAUCUACAUCGUACACAGACCAGUAAGCAACAUCACGCAGGUGAAGCUGAACACCACCGGCCCUGUGAGGGCCCUGAAGGGAGAGAGACUGGUCCUGAACUGCACUGCCACUGCAGAGCUGAACACCAGAGUCAACAUCACCUGGGACUAUCCCGGCAAGAAGCACAGCGUUGGCUCCACCUCCAAAAGGCUCCUGAGACACCCAAUGCACAUGUUGUUCUACAGCAUCCUGACUAUCCCCAAGCUGCGGCGCUCAGACCAAGGCCUCUACACAUGCUGCGUCACCAGCGGGGAACAAAGCAAGCAACAGAAGGCCUCGGUUACGGUCUAUGAUCGUCCGUUUAUCCGUCUGAAGCCCAGAAAUGGAUCUGUGAUGGUGGUUCAGGCAGGACAGAAAUCUUACAAACUCUCCCCCAGAGUACGAGCGUUCCCUGUGCCUGAAGUGAUCUGGUUUAAGGACGGCAUGGUGGCGUCAGAGCACUGCUCCAGAUACCACAUGGAGGAAACUUCCCUAGUCAUACGGGAUGUUGCAGAGGAGGAUGCUGGAAAGUACACCAUGCUUGUGAGAAUCAAGGAGCAUGGACUCUACCAGAAUCUCACACUCACGCUGGUCGUCAUCGUGAGUCCUCAAAUAGGGGAGAAAGCAGUGUCAUUGCAGGACCCGGGCUCUGUGCCACGGGGGAGUAGGAAAGCCCUUCACUGCACAUCUCACGGAGUCCCUCCUCCACAGACCCAGUGGCUCUGGCAUCCCUGCCCGCCCAAAGGCCUGUGUGUGUUUCCGAUGUCCUCCUCACUAUGGAGGCCUGUUAUGGCGAGUAUCCCUGCUGCUACGGCGCAAAAUCAAAUCCUGAGUAUUACUCAAAGACAGGAAAUGCUUCAGGGGAAGAAGAAGACGGUGGGGGUCCUGACUGUUGCAGAAGCCUUUGUGUCUGGACUGUAUCGCUGUAUCGCUUCCAACUCUGCAGGCGCAGACCAGCUAGACAUCCCACUCUACAUCACAGAUGUCCCAGGAGGCUUCAGUGUGAACCAGCUGGAGGAGGCUAGAGAAGGCGGACAGCUCCACCUUACCUGUCUUGCUAAUAAAUACCUGUACACGGCGCUGUCAUGGCAAAAAGUCAAUACCUCAGGGGAAUCCCUGGCCGCUUCCUUGAAUAUUCAUCAGCCCACAUCAGGGGAGUUUUCAACUUCUCUAGACCUGUUGCUAAGCAACGUGACGGCCCAGGACUCGGGAGCCUACAGAUGCUCCGCCCGCCACCGCAUCACCGGGCAGGAGACACACGUGGACAAACAGGUGGUUGUCACAAUCUUGGAGCCUCCUGUCCUGCUUAAUAAUCUGACAGACUCUACGGUCAAUGUUAGCACCUCAGUGACCCUCAGCUGCCCCUCUCGAGGGGUGCCACCCCCAGUUGUCACAUGGUAUAAAGACGAACGUGCUCUGCAGCAGGGAUCAGGAAUCGUCAUAUCAGCAGAAGACGGGACUCUUCAUAUUGACAGAAUCACAGUGGAGGACCAGGGUCUGUAUACGUGCCAGGCCACCAAUGAGAGGGGAUCUGCAGAGAGCGCGGCCCAUAUUUGGGUCAACAGUGUGUCAGAAGCAUCAUUUCUGGAAAUCCCUACUCUCACAUGUACCUGUGUGGUGGCCACUAUCUUCUGGUUUUUGCUCACACUCUUCAUCCGGAAGCUGAAACAGCCCGACAGCUCAAACACCAAACCAGAGUACUUGUCAAUCAUCCUUGACACCGGAGAGUCACCCCUGGAGGAGCAGUGCGAGAGACUGCAGUAUGACCCCAACAAAUGGGAGUUUCCUCGAGAGCAUCUCCAACUAGGGAAACCUCUGGGCCGUGGAGCAUUUGGUAAAGUGAUGCAGGGCUCUGCAUUUGGAAUAGACGAUACCACUAGCUGCAGUACAGUAGCUGUGAAGAUGCUCAAAGAGGGAGCCACAGCCAGCGAACACAAGGCCCUGAUGACUGAGCUGAAGAUCCUCAACCACAUUGGAAACCACCUAAAUGUGGUCAACCUCCUGGGAGCAUGCACCAAACCAGGAGGACCAUUGAUGGUCAUUGUAGAGUUCUGUUGUUUUGGAAACCUCUCAACCUUCCUGAAGAACAAGAGAGAUGUGUACAUACACGACCGGCUGGAUGGAGGUCCAGAUGGAGGACCAGGCUGUCUUAAAAGCAUUUCUGAGAACCGAAGUAGCAUCAGAACCGUGUUUAACGAGACAGAAUCAAAAGACAGUGACCUUGAUCCCAAAUCAGCAUUCGACUCCCAUCUGUACCUGGAGGAUCUCAUUUCUUUCAGCUUCCAGGUGGCACGUGGGAUGGAGUUUCUAGCCUCUCGCAAGUGUAUUCACAGAGACCUAGCAGCAAGGAAUAUUUUGCUGUCUGACAAUAAAGUGGUGAAGAUCUGUGAUUUUGGCCUGGCCAGAGACAUCUACAAAGACCCUGAUUAUGUCCGCAAGGGAGACGCCCGCCUCCCUCUAAAGUGGAUGUCUCCCGAGUCCAUCUUUGACAAGGUGUUCACCACUGGGAGUGACGUGUGGUCCUACGGUAUACUGCUGUGGGAGAUCUUCUCCUUGGGUGCCUCGCCAUACCCUGGUAUUCACAUAGAUGAGGAGUUCUGCCACCGACUUAAGCAGGGAACAAGGAUGCGAGCCCCAGAGUACAGCACACCUGAGAUUUAUAGCACAAUGCUGGCAUGUUGGGAGGCAUGUCCUUCAGACCGACCCACCUUUACUAACUUAGUGGAAAUAUUGGGAGACCUGCUACAAGCCAGAGUGCAGCAGGAUGGGAAGGACUACAUUCCUCUGGGAUCUUUCACGAACAGAAACAUCAGUCCCUGCCAGUCCUUCAAAGAAAACCAGCUUGCAGUCACAAACCUGAGUUACAUGAGGGGUAUGGCCACACUUCAGACUUUUGAAGAAAUGCCCUGCGAGGAGCAAGAUAGCCCUGACGACGAGCAGAGCGACAGUGGGAUGGUCCUGCCAUCAGAAGAGCUGAAGAAUAUGAUGAGGAAUAACACCAAGAAUAAGAAACUCGGCAGGUUCUUUGCUUUUGAUAAGUGUGGAGACAACCAGGUGCCCUACCUAUGCAGUGACAUCACAGGUCUCCAUGACAACGAACCUUCGAUGCUGCCGUCUGACUGGGACUCCGACGAGGGCGGCUCCCCUCCUCCAGACUACAACUUUGCCUUCCUCUACCCUUCCCUCUAGUGUAAUCCUUUCACAGCUUCAUACAGGGUUUUAUUUCUCAUAAUAUUUAGUCAGUCUGAAUUUACUCUGCCUUCACACUAUGCUGUCUGUACCCUCUACCUCAUUAUGAUAUCUGCAGGUAUUCCUUUGACGUUUUCUUCCCUCAUGGAAGACUUAACCUCACAAGUAUUCAGUCAAAUUGUAAUUCAAAUUCUAAACAACAUAUUUAGAUUGAGAUCUUAAUUGCUUCUUUUAACUUUUUCCAAUUGUUAAAUAUAUUUUGUUCAGGCCUUUUUCCCACACCACCCCUUCCAAGAGCAGCUAAGUAUUACGUCACAGUAAUAGCCAACCUGUAACUAUUAGAACUUGUAUUGGUACCUAAUCCCCAAAGCUUUGUGAAGAGGAGCGCUGCUGUAUGUGAUAACUGUUCCUCUUUCACAGCUACUAUAUGCUGGAAAAAGUCAUUAUCCACUGAUUUAUAUUAGUGUUAGACAGAAUGUAGUUCCAUAUUUAUUGUAUGUAGUCGUUGAUGUCAUUGAGUUAAGAAAUUAUUUGUUUUUUGGCACUGUAAAUAUCACUUUGUUUCUAGUGUAUUCAAUUCCAUAGCCUUAGAUACUGUAAUACAUAACAUUUCUGCAACAAUAUCCACAUGUAUUGAAGUUUCAAGUCCCCCAAAAAAGCCCAAGGAUGGAUUUGUGUCAAACUGAACCUUAUUUACAGCUGCUUUGUCAAUUUUUAUUCUUGCACAUGUUUAUUGACAAAUCUCUAAGGCACAGGGACAUUAGUAAUUAAGAGCACAUCAACUACAACUGUGUAACUUCUGCUGAUGCAAAGAAAAGAAAGUGUCCCUGAUUGUGUAGUUAUAAGAGAUUUCUUUCUAUGAUUUUCUUAUUCCAUAUUGCUUUGAAAAUGUCAUUUAAAAUAUAUAUAUAUAUAUGUGAAAUGGUUUGUGCAUCAUUUUAACUCUAUACUGACAUUUCACAUGUUGAACUGAGAAACGCCUUGUUACUACUUAGUUUUGUUUUGACGGCAACUUCACAUUUAAAAAGGGUUGGAUGAGUAACGUCGACCAAUGUUGCACCCUGUAGUCUUGCUCUAUUUUCCGUUUCUUAAUAGAUCACAGUUAAGCAGUUGUUUGGGUUUAUUUUGCUGAAAUACGAGAACUUCCCUUAAAGAAACCAGUAUGUUGUGUGCAUCUUUGUAUUAUCACUGAUGUUGGCUUAUGACUGAUGUACUCACCAGCUCGAUGUGACUCUCUCUUAAAGACUAUGCAGUGUCCGUGAUUUCAAAAAAACUUGAGCCCACAGAAGACAAAUAUAAAUCACUAUCACAUUUUAAUCUGAGUGUUUGCUUUAACAGGUGUAACAAAGACCACUCCAAAACUUUUUUUUUUCCAGUACUUCUCAGACCGUGCAUUGAUUUUUAGAAACAUGUUUUAAUGCAGUCAUGUGAGAUCUUAAGAUGUCUUGUUUUGCAGAUUAAAAUGUUUUGUUUUGUUUUUUUUUAUUAAUUGCACCCUGUUUUUGUUUCCUUUUUUAAAUUUAUGUACCUAUAUUCACUGAAAAUAUAUUUAUAACUUCAAAUAAUACAAUGAUGUAACCUAUUCUAUAAAAUAAAGAAGAAUCCCACAUGA